AUGGUAAAUUAUUAUCCAUGUGAAAAUCAUUUUGAUUAUACUUCUUGGGCAUGUGGAACAGCAUGUUAUACAUUACAACCAAUUCCAAGUACAGCUUCAUGGAUCUAUGCUUUACUUGCACCUUUAUUUAUCAUUUGUACUUCUAAUAUUUUACUCAUUGUACGAGUUAUUUAUCAAAAGCGACGAAUGCUUCAAAGAAAUGUAUGGAAAAAGAACAAAAAAAUGUUAUUACAACUUUUAUCCGUUACCGGAGUAUUGUAUGUUUCCUGGGUACCGAUUAGCAUUUCAUCAGUGAUUACUGUAUUACAUCCAAAUCAAACUUUAUAUGAACUGCAAGGGAAUUGGUUGUUAGUAGGUUUGAUUUAUCUUGCUGUACUCUUUUCUCCAUUAUCAUCUUCAAUGGCAAUGCCAGAACUCAGAAACGAGAUUCAUCUAUGGAUUAAUCGAUGGCUACGACGUUAUCGUAACGCUCAAACUUAUCCUGCCGCUGUGACGCGACUACAAACAGAAUAA